AUGUCUUCGACACCUACGCAAGCUACAGCGCCGGGUCAAAAGAAUGGUGCUCGAAUAUCGAAUCCUAAGCGUCUCUUAAUACUCACGCCACAUACUCACUCUGAAAAUACCGUCCCGCCGUUCUUGCACCGCCUGACUGGCACACCAAUUUCCCCACACCUACCUACCGAGCCGCCCUCAAAAGAUGAUGGAAGUCCAGAAUCCCAGAACCAACCAGCAGGUACAUUCGCCGGCUACACCACCCACGCACCGUUACAACUGAGCACCAAAUACUACACAGCGGAUAUCCCAAUAUGGGUCGAUGAAAUCCCCAUGGCGGCGUCUGCACUGCCACUAUCGUCAAACUCACAGCCUAAAGCAGAACAAGAACAUACCACACCCUCCGCAUGGUCUACUACCUUCCUCGCGCCGCAGGCUGCAGAGGUCCGCUCCGCAAUCGGCGCAAUGCUCAUCCUGCUACAGAAGCCGGUCACGGUGAGCCCAGCGAUUCCGGCUGGAGAAGCAAUAGAGGAAAGGGGGCGGGUAUGCGAGGCUGCAGCUGCCUUGAAGACGGUGAUUGAGGAAGAGAGAGGCGAAGGCGGGACGGGCGAAGUGCCGGCGCUGUUAGUUCUUGUGGGUAGUGGGGAUAAAGAAGUGAGGAAAAUACUGGGUGAGGAUUUUGAGGGUGGAUAUGGCGGAGCAGGAGAGGAGAUGGGAUUGGGAGAAGGAGAUGAGUAUGGGGUGAGAUGGUGGGAUGAGGAGUUGGCUGCGAUGGGAAUAUAUGAUUUUGAAGUUGUGGGCUGGGACCUUGCUGUGGCCGAGGCGGAACAAGAGAAGAGGAGGAACGAAUUUGGAGAGCUGGAAGGGAUGCCGCGGAUACGGGAGGUUCUUGAGGCCAACGAAUGGACAAUGUUUGCGAGCCACGAAGAUCUAGCUAAUCCCGCAUCCGGUUCCUUGGACGAUUUUGCCGAGGAAGGAUUGGAUAUCGAAGUUGGCGAAUUGGAGCGGGAAAUGUUUGGGCUACGCAUGGCCAUUGAAAAGGGUGAAGGUGAUGGCACGGAAGGAGAGGAGGAUGAUUUUGACGAAGAUGACCUUGCGGUUGAGCAGUUGGAGGGGCUCAUGUUGAGAGUGCAAGCUAUUAGAGACAUGGGAGCCGAUCUUCCAGAGUCUGAAAGGAAAAGAUUCGCAUCCAAAGCAAUAAGGGAUAUCAUGAAAGACCUAUAA